AUGUUUUACAGUGAAAUUACUGAAGAAAAUGAUAAUAUAGACUUUUCAACCAUCUCAAAAAUCGGGUUGUACGAAAACCAAUCAAUUACCAAAGUUGAUUUAAAUACUUCAUUGGAGCAACUUGGUUUUAAUCAAAUUGUAUUAAAUUCACUCACAUCAUUGUUUAUUCCAUCGACCGUUGCACUUGUUGAUGAUUAUUGCAUUGGGUGUUGUAAUUCUUUGAAGAAUUUUGUUGUUCCAAAAUAUGCAACUUCAAUAUGCAAAAAUGCAGUUUGCCAAGAGUUAAUAACACGGAUAUUGUUUCCUAAGAACACAACACAAUUUGAUUGCAAAUUCGAUUGUUGGCAAUUUAAUGAAUUUGAGAUACCAAAUGGUGUCAAAGAAGUUGAGGAAAACACGUUUCGUGAAUGUCACAACUUGGAGAAGAUAGUGAUCCCUUCGACGGUGACAAAAAUCAAUGAAAAUUUUGUGGUUAAAUGCACUAAACUCUCUGAAAUUGAAAUACUUCAAAGUGAUAACAAUUCAAAUUUAUUGGACGUAGAAAAGGUGAUUCUGAAAAAGCACAAAAUAUUACACGACUUAGUAAAAAUCCCUGAGUAUAUAGACACGUUAGAUUUUGGGACAAAUUUCGCAGAAAAUGUGACUCAAAUCAAUGUACCAAAUACUAUCACUAAAAUUGGAAACAAAGCUUUUUCAGGAGUUAUAAAUUUGUGUGAGUUAACACUUCCAGACACUUUAAAAGAGAUUGGAAAACACAUCUUUUCUCACAACAUUAAAUUAACAAAAAUUGAUAUCGGCAACAACACACAAAACGAUUUUGAUAAGUUCGUUGUGAGUUAUUGUUGCCAUUUGAGACUUCUUAAUUAUAGGUAUCAUUUUAACACUAUCGAAUUUAUUGAUUCGGACAUUGAAAAUGUUGGCAAUACUUUCGAUGUGACUAAACUGCGAAAGUUUGCAACGACAUCGGUAUUAAAUACUCAACUGUUUGAUCAUAUCCCACCACUUGUAACUGAAAACUGUGAUUUGUUGUUAAAUACAAAACACUUGAUUAUUCCAAAUGAAGUCACUGAUAUGAUUGAAUAUACUUGUGAAAAUAUGCCAAUCCACGCAGUUGAAAUAUUUAAUGUUCCUGUUAUAGCAGAAGGCGCGUUUUCUCAAUGUCGUUAUUUAACACAAAUUGUUUUGAAUGAAACAUUGAAAUGUAUUAAGAGUAACGCGUUUGAGUCGUGUUUAUCAUUGAAAGAAAUAGUUCUUCCAAAAAGUCUUCAAUACACAGGAAACAGGGCGUUCGAAAAGUGUUGUUCCCUCACAAAAGUGUCAUGUGAAAAUGAUAAUAUUAUUUAUGGAACAAAGUGUUUUGCUUUUUGUGUUUCACUGAAAGAAGUUCCAGUUAUAAAAAAUAUAAACGUUGCGAUGUUCUUUGAGUGCAAAUAA